UGAGUUAUUUGGAGCUGAGGUAUCCCGAACGGCGGGCUUCGGAAGUUUGGUACCCCCAACCUUGCAAUUGGAAUCUUAGUAUUAUAAUAGGCUUCCGUUUGGAAAUUUGUCAUCGUGGGCACUUUAAUCCGUCGCCAGCUGCUGUUACGUUGAAGAUUUGGAUUUCCCGUUCGUCAAAACGGAUCGGCCUUCCAACCUCCUUCAGAACGGAUCGCGAGCUGAGUUCGCUCCUUUCUUCCUCUCGCUCUCUGUCCGGCUGCCCGACGGCUCCUCCCCGACUGCUCCUAGCGCCCCGGCGCUCGUCGAGCUCGCCAGUUUGCGGUGCUCCUCGUCGAGCUCGCGAGUCUCCUACCGAAAGGUCUUGGUCCCUCUGCCCGGCGCUCCAGGUGAGUAGCAGCCCUGCAAACUGUCGGCUAUAUCUUGCUUUCUUUUCUGCAACUGCUGAAGAAAAUCCAGCAAUAAUUCUUGUCCCAAUGGAAACUCCUGCAGACUGAUUCCGGCGCUCCCCUCGCCGGACUGAUUCCUCUCCGUCUCUCCGUCUCCGUCUCUUUCUUCGUCCCAAUGGAAACUCCGACAGUCCCCUCGCCGGACGAACUCUCGCCGGACCUCGCAGUCCAAUCAGCCGGCGAGUUAGCCUCGUCGUUGCCUCCAGGCGAUGUCGUAGGCAGCGACACAGGGCUGAGCCUCAAUCCGUCGCCGUUCGUCGAUGCUGCUUUGACGAUCGCCGACGUUGACAACUUUUGGUUGGAGGCACCACCAGAUUGUCGUGAAGAUCCUGUUGAAACGGGCACUGUCAAUUUUCAGUUAACAGUGUUUGACCCAUCGCAAGUAUUUGAUUUUGAGGGUAUUGGACCUGAUCUUCGAUGGGAUGAAGAAGGGCCUCAACAUGUACCCAGUGAGUUAGCUAUGUAUUCGAAACUUGGAUUGGCGGCUGAAGAUGAACGAGAAAACAAAGAGAGAGAGGAGGCUUCUAAUCAUUGUGGUCAUUCAAAUAAUCCAAAUGAGUUUGGAGUUGAUUCUUCAUCCUCCAUGCCCUGUGUUGAUUUUUUGCCAAACGAGAGUAGAGUUUUGUAUGAUUCUAACCAUCCAGUCAUGGCGGUUGGCUGCAUGUAUCCAUCUAUGGCUGAAUUCAGACUUGCUAUGAGACAGUAUGCCAUAGAAAAAGAGUUUGAGUUAGGCAUUGAGGCUAGUACCCCGAAGAAAUACAGAGGAUUUUGUCGAGGUGGUGAUUGUCCUUGGAGCAUACAUGCAAGAAUUGAGAGGGCUGGGUCACCUACCAUAAUUGUGACUGUGAUGAAUGAUCAUCACACUUGCACUUCUAGUGGCCGGAGGAGGACAAGCACACCGACCAGUGCUUGGGUUGCUGCUAAAGCUUUACCUAUCCUUGCGAAGAAACCACACACAGGUGCAAAGGAUUUACAGACUUUCCUUCAAGAUACGUACAAGUGCACCAUUUCUUAUGAUACAGUUUGGUAUGGAAAAGAGAAAGCCUUGAAGGAGUUGUUUGGGACUUGGGAAGAGAGUUUCCAACUUCUAUUCUCUUGGAAGGAGGCUGUAUUGCAGAGGUCACCUGACAGUGUCAUUGAAAUUGAUGUACUUGUUGAGGAUGGCAGAGUUUAUUUUAGUAGGUUCUUCUGUGCACUUGGCCCUUGUAUUAGUGGUUUCUUACAUGGAUGCAGACCUUACUUGAGUGUUGAUUCGACAGCUUUGAAUGGUAGAUGGAAUGGUCACCUACCAUCUGCAACAGCCGUCGACGGCCACAACUGGAUGUUCCCUGUUGCAUAUGGAUUCUUUGAGUCCGAAACAGAGGACAACUGGCAUUGGUUCCUUCUACAGUUACGCAAGGCCAUCGGGGAUUUACCUAACCUAGCAUUGUGUUCUGAUGCUUGCAAAGGGCUAACAAAUGCAAUGAAGGAUGUUUUUCCAGAAGCUGAGAAAAGAGAGUGUUUCCGGCACCUAAUGAACAAUUAUGUCAAGCAAUAUGCUGGAUCAGAAUACAUGUACCCUGCUGCUAGGGCGUACAAGGCAGAAGUAUAUGACAUGUACAUUGCAAAUGUCAGAAGCAAUCCUGAUAUUGCUGCUUGGUUAGAUAGGUUCCAUUCCUUGUUGUGGUACCGAAGUGCAUUCAACCCUACUAUCAAAUGCGACUAUGUAACAAAUAACAUUGCUGAGGUGUUCAAUAACUGGAUAAAGGACUACAAGGACCUCCCUGUUUGUGACCUGGCUGACAAAAUUAGGAUAAUGAUCAUGCAACUAUUCUACAAGAGGAGGCGGAUAGGAAGGAGGUUGGAGGGAAAGAUUUUACCUUCUAUCAUAGCACAACUAAAUGCAAGAACUAGAGGACUUGGACACUUGGAGGUCAUAAAAGGCGAUGACUAUGUUGCAGAGGUGAGAGACAAUGGUGAUUGUUUUUCUAGAUAUGUGGUGAAGGCUCAUCUUAGAGAAUGUUCAUGUAAGGAAUGGCAACAUACAGGGAAGCCCUGCCACCAUGCAUUAUGUCUAAUUACCGCACAGCAAUAUAGAAAUGUAAUGAUGGAGGAGUUUGUCGACGAUUACUACUCAGUUGACAUGUUUAGGAAAGCUUAUGAGAGAUUGGUGGAGCCAAUUGAAAGCAAAUUAUUUUGGCCAAAGGUGGAUUUUGCAAAGGAGGUUGGUGCUCCACUAGGCAAGAGAGGCGUGGGACGUCAAAGGAAAAAUAGGUUCAAGAGUUGUCUAGAAGGUGGGAGUAGUAAGAAAAAGCCUGCCAACGAAAGUGAGAAAGCUAAGAAGAUUAUUCGAGGCAAAUUCAAGUGCCCUAAUUGUGGGGAGUUAGGGCAUAGGAAGACUAGCUACAAAUGCCCCCUAAAUGGAACGAAGAAAAGGAAAAGGAAACCAAGAAAGAACUCAACAAAGAAAUGGUUUCCUAAGGAGCCAGCUGAAGCUUCUUCAUCACAGCCAGAACUAGGGGAUUCUGGUCAACACCAACUUGUCUCCACUGAUGUUCCAGAAGAAAUAGUUGGUACUACCCCACAGAGGAGAGUGAGGUGUGCUGUCAAAAAGAAGAUUACUCCGAAGAAGAAGAUCUGCUUCUGAGUAGCUGCUUAAGUAUGGCAGUUGUGUCUAUAUUUUAAGUAUGAAUUAUGGCAGUUGUGUUUGUAUUUUAAGUAUGAAUUAUGGGUAUUGUUUCUGGCAGCUGGCAACAAUUUCUGUUUGUGCCUGAGAUGAAAAUGUAGUACUGGGUGUGUUUAGAAAUGUGACAGGCAACAGCCCAGUAGUGAUUGAAGUAGUGAACUAUUUCUGUUUGUGCCCA